AUGAUCGGAGAAUCAACUCAACGGUCAACUGUACAAACUAUAUAUAUACAAUCGAUAUUACUAAACCAUAAUAAACCAAUUCUUAAUAAAUUAGUAAACCGGCGAAAGGAAACCGGUUUAGCUCCAAUAGACUCCAACUCCCACCGCCCAGCCUCCGGUCCCAGCGAUCCGUUCAUGGACCUAAUGGUCGCAAACUUCAACAAGUCAGCGAAAGUCAACGUCUCCUCUUCUCCUCCGAUGGGCUUAACUGAGAACGGAGCCGCUACCUACCUAUCCGCGGGUAACCCUUGUCUUGACUUCUUCUUCCACGUUGUUCCCAGCACUCCCAAGGAAUCUCUUGAGCAGAGACUCCGUACGGCUUGGAGCCACGACGCUUUGACCACUCUCAAGCUCAUCUGCAACCUCCGCGGAGUCCGUGGAACCGGAAAAUCCGACAAGGAAGGGUUUUACACUGCGGCGCUUUGGCUCCACGGCUGCCACCCCAAAACCCUAGCGUGUAACCUCGACUCCCUCUCAAAAUUCGGAUACUUUAAAGACUUCCCGGAGAUUCUUUACCGUAUUCUCCAAGGGUUUGAGAUCCGUAGGAUCCAGAAAUCUGAAUGGCAACAGAGGAAAGGCCGUUCCGGGCCUAGAUCUAGAGGUAGAUUUGGAGCAGUGAGAGGUAGAGGAAGAGCUCCAUUCUCUGUUAGUACGUCGAGAUCCUCUCAUCACGGUCGUGGACGCAAGAAGCCGGCGGCUACAAGAGAGAUGAGGAUCGCAAACGCAGAGAAGAGGAACCAGGAAGAGAAGGCGAAGGCUAGCUUGGAUCGCAAGCUCGAGAAGAUAUCAAUGGGGAAGAAAGCUUUCACCAGAUACUCUCAAGAUCCGGACUACCGUUUCCUCCACGAACGCGUCUCUGAUCUAUUCGCAGACUACCUAAAGAAGGAUCUCGAGUUCUUGAAAUCCGGCGAGACGAACAAGAUCUCUUUGGCUGCCAAGUGGUGUCCGUCGCUCGACUCUUCCUUCGACAAGGCAACGCUUCUCUGCGAGAGCAUCGCUAGAAGAAUAUUCCCUCGCGAGUUAUACUCUGAAUACGAAGGAGUAGAGGAAGCUCACUACGCUUACAGAGUACGCGACAGGCUAAGGAAACAAGUCCUCGUCCCUCUACGAAAGACUCUGCAGCUCCCAGAGGUUUACAUGGGAGCCAAAGACUGGAGCUCUCUCCCUUAUAACCGCGUAGCUUCCGUGGCGAUGAAGUCUUACAAGGAGAUAUUCCUGAACCACGACGCCGAGAGGUUUCAGAAAUAUCUCCAAGACGCGAGAGAAGGUAAAACGAAGAUCGCCGCCGGUGCCGUUUUACCUCACGAGAUCAUCGGGGAGCUAGAGGGAGGUGACGGCGGACAAGUCGCCGAGCUGCAGUGGAGACGAAUGGUGGACGAUUUAAAAAAGAAGGGCUCGCUGACGAGCUGCAUCGCGAUCUCCGACGUCUCGGGAUCCAUGGCCGGCGAUCCGAUGGAGGUCUCCGUCGCGCUGGGACUACUCAUCUCGGAGCUGACGGAGGAGCCGUGGAGAGGGAAGCUGAUCACCUUCAGCGCCGAGCCCGAGCUGCAUGUCGUGGAAGGAGACGAUCUGAGAACGAAGACGAAGUUCGUGAGGAGGAUGGAGUGGGGGAUGAACACUGAUUUUCAAAAAGUGUUUGAUCUGAUUCUGAAAGUGGCGGUCGAAGGGAGGCUGAAGCCUGAGCAGAUGAUCAGGAGAGUGUUCGUGUUCAGCGACAUGGAGUUCGACCAAGCGUCGGCGCCUCAAACGUAUGGCUAUGGCUAUGGCUAUAAUACAAGAGCUACGAAUACAUGGGAAACGGAUUACGAGGCGAUUGCUAGGAAGUACAGAGAGGCAGGGUACGGUGACGCUGUGCCGGAGAUAGUGUUUUGGAACCUGAGGGACUCGAGGUCGACGCCGGUGAAUGGGAGCAAGAAGGGUGUGGCGUUGGUGAGUGGGUUUUCGAAGAAUCUGAUCAAGAUGUUUUUGGAUAAUGAUGGUGAGAUCAAUCCCAUGGCGAUCAUGGAGGCUGCGAUAUCAAAGGAAGAGUAUAGCAAGCUUGUAGUUAUUGAUUGAAUGAUUCUUGCUUUUGUGUUUUUGAUGUUUGCCUGUGGUGUGUUUUUUCUUCCUAACGUCAUAAAUAAACAUAUAUAACGUUCUGCGGCA